ACGCCUGAAGCUGCGAUUUGAUUGGACGAGACACGUUACGCAUACUCCUCCGCACGUGCCACAUUCCAGUUCGUCACUUCCAUCGUCACUCAAAACGAUUUGAUUUUCAUAACCCAGUUUUUAAUUUCGCUUGCUGCCACAUUUACUGUCUGAAAGAUAAGGAAAUAUUAACCCUAAUUAACAUUAAUUCUCGCUCUACUGUUUCUUGGGAUUAAUACAGUGAGAGAUCCCUGUUUUAAAAUCCCUCAAAAGGGCAAAUAAUAGCAAACCCCCAAAUUUAAAAGAACAGAGAUUUCUGCAUAGCCCUAAUUUUUUAGCCCCUUUUGAAAUUAAGGGCAAAUUUAUUCAUCUUAGAGAGAGAGAGGUAGAGAGAGAGAGAGAGAGAGAGAAGAUGAAUAUAUUCAGGCUAGCAGGGGAUAUGACCCAUUUGGCUAGCGUUCUUGUUUUGCUCCUCAAGAUUCACACUAUUAAAUCUUGCGCCGGCAUUUCUCUGAAGACGCAAGAGCUUUACGCUCUUGUUUUCGCUACACGUUACUUGGAUUUAUUUAUCAGCUACAUCUCGCUGUACAACACUUUAAUGAAAUUAAUAUUUCUGGGAAGCUCUUUCUCGAUUGUAUGGUAUAUAAGGCGUCACAAGAUCGUUCGUAGAUCCUACGACAAAGACCAGGACACUUUUCGCCACUAUUUCCUUAUCUUACCGUGUUUGUUACUUGCCCUCAUCAUACACGAGAAGUUCACCUUUCGAGAGGUUAUGUGGACAUUUUCCUUGUACCUAGAAGCUGUUGCCAUACUUCCUCAACUGGUCUUACUACAGAGAACAAGGAAUAUCGACAAUUUGACUGGGCAAUACGUGUUGCUUCUUGGAGCAUACCGUUCGUUAUACAUUUUGAACUGGAUUUACCGCUACUUCACUCAACCACACUAUGUCCACUGGAUAACUUGGAUUGCAGGGCUCGUUCAGACAUUGCUUUACGCUGAUUUCUUCUAUUAUUAUUUCCAAAGCUGGAAGAACAAUUCGAAGCUCGAAUUACCUGCGUGAGAACUCUUUUUUUUUUUUUCUUUUUUUAUAACAAGAAUUUUCAGAAGCAUGCACAUUAAUCGUACACCUGUUUUUUCAGCCCUAAAGAUUUAGACAAGAAACGAAUCAUGUUCUUGAUUUUCCAUACAGUUUUAUCUUAUCAUAUGUAGCCGGGAGAACUGCUUAUUUUGCUUAAAAUAUAACUAACUCGACGUUUU